AUGGAGGCAGUAUUACCCAUUGAAGUUGAGAUCCCUUCUCUACGGGUGUUAUCUGAACUACAGUUGGACGAAGCCGAAUGGGUCCAAUCUCGUUACGAUCAGUUGAACCUAAUAGAAGAAAAGAGGUUAAAUGUUAUCCGCCAUGGUUAUGGGAAUUUACCUUAUCUACUCGACAUUAAGGCAGAUGAGCAUCUGUUUCGGGCUUUCGCUCAGUAUUGGAACCCCGCGUAUAGUUGUUUUACCUUCGGAAGGGUUGAUUUAGUGCCCACUAUAGAGGAAUAUACAGCUUUGCUUCGUUGCCCGAAGAUCCAAGUUGAUAAAGUCUACUCUAGAGCCGUUAAUGUCCCAACCUUUGUAAAGAAGUUGAUAAACGUCACCGGAAUGAGUGAGCAGUGGGUCACAGCACGGAUCAAGCAGAAGGGGGAAAGCAAAUGCAUCCCUUGGAAAAUCCUGCAAGAGCUGAUUUUGGCGCACCCUGAUGCGAGAAAAAAAGUCGACAUCUUUGCUUUGAGCAUUUAUGGGCUAGUAAUUUUUCCUAGGGCCCUAAGGCACAUAGAUGAGGCGACCUCUAACCUCUUUGACCGACUUGAUAAGAGGGUUACACCAGUUCCGACAAUUUUAGCAGAAACCUUCAGGUCGCUGAAUGCAUGUCGAAGGACGGGCAAAGGCAAAUUCAUCGGAUGUGUGCAGCUUCUACUUGCAUGGUUCCACAGUCAUUUUUGGAAAAUUGAUAAGGUUUCGUAUCGAGUGUUUUCUGAAAGUUAUUCGCCAUUAAAAGAGAUAGCAGCUACACCAAGAAGAGAUGACAUCUUGGAAGAGAAAUGGUUGGUCAUUCUUCAGAGUCUUCAUGAGGAGGACAUAGAGUGGAGAGCCCCGUGGUUGCUUUCGGAUGAGAUCUUGUACCGAUGUGGUAAUUUUGAUUGGGUCCCAUUACUUGGAAUCUGGGGAGCUGUUGGGUAUGCUCCAUUGAUGGUGCUAAGACAGUACAGGUCAAGGCAGUUUAUUCCUGCGACCCAAGGUUUAGCUGAGUUCUAA